ACCUGCACUCGCCGCUUAUGCUGCAUGGUCUCGGGAAUGGCAAGAAGCGCAGGACCGAAUGCGUGGAUCGCGUGGAUCGCCUCGAGGGCGCAGUUGGCGUAGCCGGAGAGCGGGCGCAGGGGCGCGCGCGUCCUUCUUCCAGCUUGGUGUCCGUUUCGCACGGUAACAGCCGCAGCGUGCAGUGACUAACGAACUCCAGGAUGCGUGCGCUGCUGUUCUUGCUGUCGCUGAUGUGGGAUCUGUGGUCCACACACUGUAAUCCCACUUUCCUCUGUCCCACCAACUGCAUUUGCCACCUGGAGCUCCAUUUGGCCACAUGUGCCGGCGCGAACCUGACGGACCUCCCGGCCGCCCUGCCUCCCUACAUGGAGCACCUGAACUUCUCCUUCAACAAGCUGGCCUACAUCCAUCGGCAGACAUUCAGGUCGAUGCGCCACCUCCGUACCCUGCUCCUGAACGACAACCGGAUCGGGGGCGUGGCCGACGGUGCCUUCGCUCCACUGGAGGCGCUGCUGCGGCUGGACCUGAGCCGGAACAACAUCUCCCGGCUGGCUGGCGGCUUCUCGCUGGGCCUGGGUUCCCUCAGGGAGCUCUCGCUGGCUGACAACCGGCUCUCCGGCGUGGACGCCGGCUGCUUCGCGCACUUGGACGCCCUGCUGCGGCUGGACCUGCGCGGCAAUGGCAUCCGCUCUCUGGCCGCGAGGACGUUCGGAGCCGUGAGCACGCUGCGCUACAUCCGCCUGGACCGGAACGUUAUCAGCAGCCUCGCCGACGGCAUCUUCUCCACGCUGAGGAACCUGGAGCAGCUCGGAUUGCGGGGCAAUGAAAUUGAGCACCUGGACGCCGGCGUCUUCGCGCCGCUCACCAGCCUGGCCGUGCUGGACCUGGCCGACAACAAGCUGAAGAAGGUGGACUUCAAGGCGCUGCUCAGUGUCCAGGCGCAGAGCACGCACGUGCUCCUGGAGGGCAACCCCUGGACCUGCAACUGCGACCUGCAGAGAGUGUUCCAGAAGCUGCACAGCGUCCGCCGGCUCCUGCUGGACGACUACGACGACCUGACAUGCAGGCAGCCCCAGGAGCUUCAGGGCCACAGCCUCCGGCAGGUGGACACGGGCCUGUGCUUCGCCGAGACCGUCACCGUCCUCAUCAUUACCAUCACCGUGGUGAUCACCGUGGUGGCAGCCAUCGUCAUGGCGGAGAAGAGCAGGGAGAAACGGAACAAAGGGAGACACUGGACAGAGGUGAGCGAGAUGUCAUUCGACUCGCAAGACUGAAUGGUCAUAUUGAAAAAAAUAGUAUUACUUUCGCUGACACUGAACUCUGGUCAGCCGUCCGAAACACGGGCAAUGGCAAUCUGAGAGGAGUUGCGUCUUGUAACAGCCUAUUUCUGUAGCCUACAUGGUUAAAGUUCUGUAGCCUACAUGGUUAAAGCUUUAAAACAUCUUUUCGUAUGAAAUAGUAGUGAAACUAUAUUUAUAAUCUUCGAGUUUCAUGUUUGUUUUUUAUGAGCAAACAUAUUCCCAACUAACUGCAUGAAUAUGACUGUAUUAUAUAUUAUGAUUUGUAAAUGAAUUAUUUCAAGAAUGCUGUGUUUUCUGGGUAUUUUCUGGGGAUUUGGGUAUAACAUUUCUGGGGUGAAUUCUCUUAGUGGGUGGUUUUGAAACUCAUCAGACCUCAGGCUUUUUGCUGUUCAGAGAAACGGCUCUGGAAAAAGUGAGCAUGUGCGAACUAAACUAUAGCAGACUGCGUGGGGGUGGUGGCUCUCACUCGCAGCAGGAGCCGGUUUUAAAUGCCUUUUGAUAACCAACCUCACAGACCAGUUCAGCAAGGAGCCCAGGUGAUCCCUGCAUUCUGUCUGCUGUACACUGGGGGGCGACAUAGUUCAUUUGAGCAAACGUUUCAGAUUAAGGCAUGCUGUGAUACUGGAGUACUGGAGUCCGUUUUGCUACUGCAUUUAACAUGCCCUCACACAUUCCACUGACGGCUUUUUUUUUUUUUUUUUUUUGGACACUUCAAAUGAACAGCUAUUUAUGCAUGAAGCCAUACAAUACCUAAAAUAUCUUCAUGUUUAAAAAAAAAAAAAGAAAAACUGUUAACGUUUCCUUUUCUGUAACAGGUUGUGUGUGGUGUCUGUCUGUUACUGGAUUCCCGUGUCUGUUUAUUUAUCUGUGGGAUAUGUCUAUACAUUAUUUCUAAGCAUUAAUACAAGUGAAUAAAAACUAUGCUGGUGUGAGGGUGUGUCUAAAUGUCCAGUGAUGGACAUUCUCUCUCCUUCCUGUACCCGAUCCGGUCCUCCAGGGGGCGCCG